AUGAAGCUGUGGUCCACGUUUGGUCUGAUCCUGAAGGACAUGUGGUCCAUCUCAUUUUUGCGUGAUGUUUUUCGGGAGUUUGUGGGUACCACCCUUUUCCUCUUCACCAGUCUUUCUUCAGUGGUUCUGUGGCCACAUUUUGGUUCUCAGUCUUGGGACACUAUAACUGCAGACCCUCUGGUGACAAUGGAAUCUCUACAUGAGUGCACCCCAGACCCUCUUCAUGUAUCUCUGGCCUUUGGAGCUUCCGUUGCCCUCACUUGCGUGUGCCUGGGUGGGGUGCAUCUGAAUCCAGCUGUGACGUUGGCCCUGGUGGCGGGGCUCAGGGUGAGCCCCUGGCAGGCUGUCCUGUAUGUUGGGGCGCAGCUGCUGGGGGCCCUUACUGCAUGCAGCCUGCUGCUAGGUAUAGCUCCCGCCUCACUCAGGAGCAACUUGGGGAUCAAUGAGCUGGCCUCUGGAGUGCACCUCUACCAGGCGUUCUCAGUGGAGAUGGCUGUGACGUUCCAGCUUGUUCUCUCUGUCCUGACUGUCACUCAUCCAAAAUCAGCCUUCCUCUCACUGGCCCCGGCUGUGCUGGGCCUGUCUGUCACUCUGGGACAUCUCAUUGCGAUUGGGUUCACAGGCUGUGGAAUGAAUCCAGCUAGGUCAUUUGGUCCAGCUGUGUUGACAAUGAACUUUGAAAAUCACUGGGUGUACUGGGCAGGACCGUGUGUGGGAGCGAUGCUGGCCUGGCUGCUGUAUGACCUGCUCCUCUACCCCCGCUGGACCAGCCUGAGUGACUGGCUCGUGGAAUUCAGACAGGUUUUCCUUACAGCUCCCUCCAAACAGCCUAGAAGCCCUGAGAGCAAUACAGAAAUCUAG